GUUAUAGAAACUCCGUAAGCUUCUUGGAACUUUUGUUUUGGUUCAUUUUUUGCUAAAAUUCGAGGCAUAUGAUCCAUUUUCAGACGUUUGUUAAGAUAAUAUAUAAUAGAGAUGUCGGAAAUAUCAAGUAAUCGGUCUCCAGGUUCUGCUGCUUCGUCAAGGGGUGCAGGUUCAAGGCAAUCUGGUCGAGUAACUUUCCCACACUCAACAAAGUCGAUGUCAUCAGGAAAGUCCGUCAUGCAGCUUGAUGAUUCGAGUGAUGUGAAUCCUUUUAAAGUUCCUCCUGAUCAAGAUAUCUUCAUGUUAAGAGAUAAGGAGAGACAGAGGAAAAAGGAGGAAAGAGAGAGGCAACAGAAACUUAAAGUUCAUGAGAAGACAACUUACGCUUCGAGGGUGAAUGCAAAAACCGCCUCCAUGAGAAGAGCAGCCCUUGGUAGUGAGGAGCUUUUACAUGAUGAAGAAGAUUCAAUUGAUUUGGCCGUCAAGGAUGAUCCUUCAUGGACAUUAGCUGUGACUAGAGAUCGCAAUGUUGAGAAAGAGGACCUUGCAGAGUAUGUGAGUAAGAAGAGAGAAAUGUUUCUGGUUCAAUACUCCCUUCGUGUGAAAAGAGAUGAGAUGCGGAAGCUGGAGGAGCUUGCAGCAGCCGAGGAGAGAAAACUGGAGAGAGCUGAACAUUUCCUGGAGGAGGAUGCAGCCAUGUUUGAUGAGUUCUUGAAGGAAAAUGAUAAAAAUUCGGUGGAAGCAAUAAAAAGAGCUGAGUCGGAAAGUAAAUCUAAGCUUGAAAAAGUUGCUGAGAUAAAAAAGAACAAUGCGAUUAUGAUGGCAAUCAAAAGUGAUAUUUCAAAGCAUGAGGAGACAUUAAAGGAGUACAUGCUCUACAAAGAGUUUUUGGAGAAGUUGACUCCAAAUGAGUGGAAGGAGAAGAGGCGAAAAGAGCAAGAGGAAAGAAGAAGAAUAAAGAGAGAAGCUCAGGCAGCUCACCCAAGUCAAAGUCAAAACUUGGAGAAGAAAUCAACGAGUUCUAUUACAUCUGCAUCGAGAAGGGAGGGUGAGAGUAGAUCCUCCAGCAGAGUCCAAUCCUCCCUUGUAAGAGUGAGGAGCAGUGUUUUGAAGAGCGGAGGAAGAAAGGCACUUUCAACUCCCAAGAGCAUAACGGACACUGAGAGCGUGAGAUCAGCGGAGGUUUCAUUCUUCGAAGAGGAGAGCGAUGAGGAACCUGAGCUUUAUUUCACCGAUCCUGCUCAGUUGCUGAACAUGUUCCAGGAGUUAGAGGAGCAUAAUCUAUCUCUUAUCACCAAUAGUCAAGAGACAGAAGAAGCCAUGGAAGAACUUAAACACACAAUAAGGAAUACUAAAGAUAAAAUGGGAAGAGAAACAGAUAUGCUGAAGGCUCAGAUCAACAUGUUGAAAGCAACCAUCCGCAGAGAGGAAGAGAAAGCUGAUGAUUUGGAAUUGAAAUGUAAAAUGUUUUCUUAUGGGGAGUUUAAAGCUGAAGACCAGGAAAAGAUGUUAAAACAUCUCGAUAAGAAAGUUGAAGAAGUUUACAGGGGAUGCAUUGGGGAUAACGAAGCUAACAUCAGCACGCUGCAGAUGCUCACAACUAUUGAGAACAAACUAGAAGACUUGUUUGAGAAUAUUGAAGUUAUGCCACCUGAGCUUGUAGAGGCGGCAGAGAAGGCAAAAGAGAAAGAAAGAAGAAUGCGUUUGAGAGAAGAGAAACUUGCUGCCCAAAGAGCACAUCAAGAAGAGAGAGUGAGAAAAGCUUUGGAGAGAGCAAAAGCUGAUCCAAAGAAAAAGGCUGGGAAGAGACUUGUCUUCCGAUCUGAACCUCCGCAACGAAAACAAAAAGAGAAUAAAAAGAAAGAAGGACAAGACAAAGAGGAAGAAGAAAAACUUUAUUUUUUCACCUAACCCUAUCGUUUUACUUCAGAAUCUUAACUCCAGCGUAGCUCGCCGUUUUGCCCUUCAUAAAGCUAAGAUAUAUGUUUACGUUAUACAACAUAGCUUAUGCCAUGAAAAUUAACCAAACGUCUGCAAUGGUAUGUAGAUGUACCUUUGAAUAACCGCUACCCAAAGCAUAAGCUACAUUGUUGUGUAAACGCCACUCAAAACAUGAUAGUUUAAAUUAGAACAUUUAUCCUGGGAAAACUAUCUUUAAAAUGGUAUGUUGGUUUUCUAAUUUUGAUCUGAAUAUAAUAUACAAACAUCUAUUCA